GGAACAUAUUUUAGUUAAUUAUGUAAGUAGAACAUAGUUAUCGUGUCACAUUAUUAAUUAUUUAUGAGUUAUAUACCCUUAGAUUUCAUAUUGUAUGUUGUUUCCUGAAAAUAAGUAUCGAAUUAAUAUGUUUAUUGUAUGCGAGUACACAUGAGUAGAGAGAAAGAAAGAGAGAGAAAGAAAGAGAGAGAGAGAGAGAGAGAGAGAGAGAGAGAGAGUGAGAGAGGGGAUAGAGUAUAAUGCGCAUGCGCGGCGAGAAUCGUUUCGUUCCCGAACGGUGGGCAUGACGCCAUUACUGUCCCGUUGGUACCGGCUUCAAGCAGGAUCUGUAUCGCUGUCAUUAAUUACAGAUUUUCAAGAAUUCUACUGUGGAAAAGAGCAGAUUUUCAAGAGAUCUACUAGUGAAAAAUAGGAAAUUUGAUGAAAAGAAUUUGUUGCAGUUCUAUAUCAUACAUGUAAGUUUAAUUUUUUAAAUAUAUAAAGCCAGGUUUAAUAUUAUUAGAUAAGUAGCAUAUAGUGCGUUUAAAUAUAGAAUAAUUAUAAGCAAAAGACUAAGUCUCGUUAGUUAUAAGUUUUAUAUCCAGAGUUGUUACUGGUUAGUGCUAUUUAUAAAAUUUUGCACUCAAUCGACUUUGACAGGCGACGAAAGUUUUUUUUCCCAAUAAAUAAAUAUUGCACCUUUCGUUAUUUAAUCUUAAACUCUCUUAUAUUUGGCUAUGGUGAAGGAAGUUUUCUGUUCAACUGUGCUCGAUAUGAAGAUAACUAUAUGUUUUUUAAUGCAAAUAAAUAUAUAAUUAUUAAAUGUACCCUGUACCUAUAUGAACAAUACAGGUCUUCAUUUCAUCCAUGGAAUCCAAGAGAAGAAUUAUAAUAUAACAACAUUACUUUAGAACAUAUAACUUUAAGUUUAUAGAAUUAAAAUAUUAAUUUGAUUAGAAUAAGAUUACAUACAUUCUUAAGUAUUUUAACUGUUCGGUGUACAAUUAAAUUCAUAUGAAUAUAAAGAUAAGAUUACUUCUACAAACCUCAUGAUAAAUGUAGUUGUUUUAUACUUUAACAUUAGAUUACCAUGACAAGUCAGACUCUUCAUUUGAAGCUAAGAGGUUAAUUAAUAUAUAGUAUUAGCAUUAUCGACGUAAAUCAUCAUUAUAAAUUCUCUUGUUAUAUGUUGUAAUAUGUGUAUGUAAUUUAUAUUGUAUAUUUACCUAUAUACCUUCUUAUAAUGUUUAUACUUUCUAAGAUGCACAUAAAGUACUACAACAUAUAAUGCACUUAUAAUAAAUAUAUUGUAAGUGGUAAUAAAUAAAAAUAGGUUAGGUUUAUUGUUGAUAUACUAUAUAUAUCUGUAUUCUUGUAUAAAUUUGUGUUCAGAGAGUUUAGAUAGGGAAUAGAUUAAGUUUAUUUUAUAAUUAAUAGCAAGAAGGAUUGUUUAGGAAAGAUUUUUUAUAUUAUAUUUUUAAACAUUUCACAAAUAUUUCAUAUACAAAGUGUAAUGUUUAAUGAUUAUUUAGCAUCUUAAAAUUCAAUAUUUAUAUGUCCUUUAAAACAAAAUUUGUUUUUCAUUUAUUAGAUUUAAUUUAGAAUUUUUUAAUAUAAAAUAAAAAUUUUGUUCCUCGGUUGGUCUCGAACCGUGGUCAUUUAGGUAUCUCGGAUUUUCCAAAUUCAUAAUUGGGCUUUGGAAAUCAAGAUCCAUUUAAGUGAUCUAGGAUCAAAACCCGGUGAGGUAUUUUGAAAUUUUUUUUUUUUUUUUUUUAUAUCAGAUAUAAAUACAUAUAGACAGAGGGAUAACAUAAGAUUGAUUGACGGAGAAUAUUUAUUACGAGAAAUUAAUAAUUGUAGGGUUACAAUAUAUAUAAAACAAAUACAAAUAUACAUAUUAUUCUUUUAAUUAAUAAUCUUUAUUUAACAUAUAAAUUAAGAUAUAUAAUUUUACAGUGUACUUAUAUACAGCGUUAGAAAAUAAUUCUUACUAUCGAUAAUAUAUAGGUAAUACUCGUAUAUAUUAUAUGAUAUCGUUUAUUGUGAAAUUAUGUUAUACGUUUCUAUAGUUGUACAGUUGAAAAGGAGUUUGACGUUUAUAUUUUAAAAACAAUAUACCAAAUCUUGCUUUCGUAUUACUGAAAAAGAAACAAUAGGGCGCAUCAUUUUGGUUGUGGAAAACACAAACAAUAGUGAUGGUCAAAUACCUCAGUAUUGCACCCUGCGGCGAUGAACUUUAAUCGUCCGUGUCGGUAUGUAUUUCUAUACAUAGUCAUUAUUAUGCUUUCAGUAGAGAGUAAAACAGCAACUAUAGAAGGAGGCGUUAGAAAGGACGAAGAGAAGGCACGUGUAUAUCUUUAGGUGUCGUGAGGGAAGUCAACAAGCGACAAGAUUGUUGCAUAAAUAUUCAAUGAGAAGUAUUACUGAUAUAAUGGUCUUCGAUGAUGGAGGUUAAAAUAUUGAAGGAAAGAAUCGAGAAGAAUAUUUAGCGUUUCGGAAUCCUUGGAGGAGAAGAAUAAAGGAUAUAUUUGUGAUGUUCCGAAGAGAAUCCGCAGUGGUAGCUGGAAAGUAACGGGAAAGGAUCGGGUCUUUCCUCUUGAGUGGAGCAGAAGCGCGAGAUAAAGGCAUAGCACCAGUAACAUGUAGUAAAAGAGAAGAAGGAAGAAGGCCUUCCCUAAUACAAUCCCAUCCUUAAAAGCAAUCAUAUUGAUUAAGAGCACCAUCCUUGCCGAAACACGAGCUGGCCGGUGUAGUUCCUGUUUAUUUAUCCCCUAAAUUGCAGCGGAGCAAUUACUAAUACGUGGAUAAUCGAGUAAUUAUUAUAAAAGCCUAGACUCUCGAUCAAUCACUAGGUGCUGAUAACGCCGAUAACUAUCUAUUUCGAGAGGCUAUGACACUUGAAAGACUGCGACAAGAAAUUGGGUUUAUUUAAGAAAAGAUUUCCGAAGGUCAACUGGUCAUCUCACCGCACUUCGUCUUCGAGAAGCUCUAGCAUUCCUAGUAGGGUUGCCUGGAGAAAGCACCUAAGUCACUAGGACACCUAAGUGCUGAGGGAAAGCAUCGAGUCGUUACACCUGGCGCGAAAGCACUAUAAAUCGUACAAAGGUGCUGUGAUUGGUGCGGAAGUGCUCAACACUGACGUGAUCGUGCUACAACUUCGAAAAAAGUCUGUUUCGACGAGCGUGCGCGUCUCGUCCUGUGCAGUUUUCUCCAUGGAAGAACGGGGUAGGAAGAGAGUAGGAGGAUGAGAAGGAACGAUGGAGAGAAGAAGGAGGAAGGGAAAGGGUGAAAAAGGAAAGGGGAAGAAAGAGGAAAAGGAAUGGGAGGAUGAGGACAAGGAUAUAGGAGGAGGAGAGGAAGAAGAGAGAGAGGGGAAGAACGAAGAGAGUAGGAGGAGGAUAGGGAGUUCUGUUGGAAGAGUAGGAAGAGGAGGAGGACGAGGAGGAGGAGGAGGAGGAGGAGGUAGAGGUAGAGUAGUAGGAGAGGACCAUCAGGAUCCCGAUCAGUUUACCGGCAUCUCUCAGUCUGUACGGUCACGUCCGGUACGCGUGCCGCGUUCCUCCAAUCACGUGUGUUCGUUUACCAUGAGCAACAAAUUUUUAUCUGCCCCAACCUGAUGUGCUCCUCAUGCUAAUCAUUAUUGUUGUCGACGUUUCGCGAGAGGCCAACCACGACAUGUUCAAAUUUACAUGGGAAAAUAUUCGAGCUAGUAAAAUCGUCCUACCCUGUUUUAAAUCAUUGGCCGGAUAUGUCAGCUGAAGGGCUCCGUGGUGGGUCGACGAGGAAAGGAAAAAAGGGAAACGUUUCGACGUGCCGUCGUCGUGAGUACUACGGCGGCCGCGCAUUCUCCCACACCUCAACGGUUACUACACCCAGCGGAAGAUUUAAACUUGAAUCCAUGCACGUGGCAAAAUGGUAGAGACGCAAAAGGCCCUGCUAUUAGUAGUACUGGCUGUUCUGGCCUAUCCAAACGAUAUUUUUGGAGGUGCUUAUCAACCGGAAUUUGCUGGCCCCCUUACGAAUUUAACGAUAUCACUUGGAAGGGAUGCGACCUUCACGUGUCUAGUCAAACAUUUAGGAGGAUACAGGGUAGGCUGGGUGAAGUCCGACACCAAAGCGAUACAGGCCAUUCACGAUCACGUAAUAACACACAACAAGAGAAUUUCGGUGUCUCAUAGUGAUCAUACCAUAUGGAAUCUUAAUAUAAAGGCUGUCCAAGUAGAAGACGAGGGUUUAUAUAUGUGUCAGAUUAAUACAGAUCCGAUGAAAAGCCAGACAGGUAUGCUGUCAGUCGUAGUACCACCUGACUUUGUAUCAGAAGAUACAUCCAGUGACAUUAAUAUUGGAGAAGGUGGUCAGGUGAAGUUAACGUGCCGUGCAAGAGGCAUACCCCGGCCCCGCGUAUCCUGGCGUAGAGAAGACGGCAAGGGUAUUAUAAUUCGGGAGCCAGCAGGAAGUGCUUUGAACCAGAAGUCUCACGUAACAACUCAAACCGAAUUUUAUGGGGAGGAAUUAAAGUUAACGAAAAUCUCGAGAGCCGAAAUGGGUGUUUAUUUAUGCAUUGCUAGCAAUGGAAUACCACCAGCAGUUAGCAAAAGAAUUUCUAUAAACGUUCAUUUCCCUCCUGCUAUUCAUGUACCUAAUCAACUAGUUGGAGCUCCUUUAGGUACUGAUGUAGUCUUGGAAUGCUACGUCGAAGCAUCUCCUAUGUCGAUUAAUUAUUGGAUAAAGGAAAAAGGAAUGAUGAUAAUAUCCAGUACGCAACACGUAGUCGACAUGAUCGAGAAGUCUCCGUUCGAAGUACGUAUGAUCCUGACGAUAAAGAAUCUUCAGAAACACGACGUGGGAACGUAUCUCUGUGCAGCGAAGAAUUCUCUUGGCGAGGUUGACAGCACGAUUCGUUUGUACGAGAUACCUGGACCAGCUAAAACGGAACUAGCUACUUGGGCUUCCUUCUACGAUGAGACUAAUAACAAGAUCCCUUAUGGUCAAACGGAGAUGGAUAAGGCGGAAAAUAAUUCCGUUUAUAUGGAAAACUCUCUUCUUCACGGUUCAAACCACGCACGCCUUCCUCCGACAUUAGCAACAGCUUUACCUACCUCCGUCAAAAUCGACAAAAAACGGCCGACUAUGAACGUCUCUUCUUAUGCCACCGAUCUUACCAUAAGACAUAACGCUUUAUUUUUAUUAUUAUUAUCAUUUUCGAUCACUAUGCCUCGGUGGUCACAGUGAUGACGAUAUGAUAAUGAUGAUCGAGAGACUCGAACUAAACCAAGCUGAUCGUUUAGUUUUGUCGUUUUAUUCGAGAUCGAUCGAGUGAAUAUUAUUGACAUUAUGUCCGACAUCAUUAUUCAUCCUGAAAAAAAAUUCUUUUAAUAGUUUAGAUGCUGACGAAAUUUUCUUAUCGUCGUCGUCUUCCUUGAUACAUCAACUCUACUAUGGAUUUUCAUCAUGGAUAUAAGGCGCUUCGUAUUUAUAUAGAUUGAAUUAGAGAGAGAGAGAGAGAGAGGGGAAAAAGAGAGAAAGAAAUAGAGUUGAUGAACAUUUUAAUAUCCAUAUAAAAUUUCAUCGCGUAUGUAUGUAUGUAAAACGCGUCGCCUUGUAUCAUAUAUCAAAUUCGCGUUUUCAUCGAGUUCUAUACCGACAUUUACGAAGAUCAGAAAGUUAAAUAAUCGCAUAGUCUUUUAAAUUUGUUUAAAUUAUAUAGGUAUAGCCUGUAGUAUCGUUAGUUUUUAUCAGAUCUGGGCAUUAACAAAAUUUAUUAUUAUUUCUUAAUCGCACUUUUAAUAAAAUUCAAAGUUUUAAAACGAAAAUUUUAAUAAUUUUAAACAAAUUAGACAAAUCAUUGAAAAUGAUUUUGUUUGAACGAAAUGUUAUCUUGAUAUACUUAAUUUAAAUAUACAGUUUGAGAUCAAAAGUACUUAGUUGAUUUUAAGAAUCAAUUACUCUUUUGCGAGAUUUUUUAUAGACUAAUUUUCUUUUUCAAAUUGUAAAACUAGAUGCUUAACUACAAGCUUAAAAUAUUCUCGGAAAAGAGUAAUUGAUUUUUAAAAUCAUUUAGAAACUUUUAAUCCUGUAUAUAAAUGGUUUCUUUACUUUUUAUAUUUAAAUUGUUUAUAUGAUCACAAAAAAAGGAUAUCAGUUUUUGAGAUAUUACUUAAACUUCUUUUGUGUUUGAAACAAUAAAUAUGCCCAGAUCUGGCUUCGACGAGAGACGAUAUUGUUUUCUGCGAGAAGAUGGUGGAUAGCUUCUCUGGAAGAGUAACCAAAGACUGAAGAAAGCGAAGAGGAAGAUCUAUUAAUUGUCACUCGAAAACACUUUCACCGGUUGACGAUACUUUAGCAUUUAAAAAAAAAAAAGAAACAUUUUUCCGUGGUACACCAAUCUCUUGAUUUACGCGAAAUGUUUGUUUUCCAUGCAGUUAUUUUUUACGCGGAUAAAAAUCGUCUAAAAUGAAAUCUGCCAGUAUGGAAAAAAAAUACUACAGAGGAAAGCCAGUAUAAAUUAUAAAAAUAUUUAUUUUUCAUAUAGGUUCAUAUAAAAAAAAAAAUUAUAAAAUAUUCUGCAAAACGUAAAAUAAAUUUUAUUCUUUGUCGCGGUAUCGUACUUCGUAUCGAAUUUCAAAGCAAUCAACGUUUUCUUUUUCAAUUAGCUCAAAGUCAAAGCACUCGUUAAAAAUCUUGUCUUUAUCGUACAUUAAAUACAUUAAAUUGACAACGUAGUAGAAAUUCAAUAAAAAGUAUAGAAGAAUAUACGUAUGUAAUCUUUGAACGGGGGAAAAUAGAUCGCGUAUAAACGUACCGUGUAAAUUUAAUAUUAAUGGUGGUUUAAUUUACAUCUAUAAAGAAAGCCGCGUAAAUCAAGGAACGAGGGUGUAGUUUCAAAGUAGACAUAAAAUGUUUAAGAGAGAAAUCACCAAUAGAUAGACAGUAAUCGGCAGUUUUUUCGUUCCAUUUUAGAGAGCACCAAUAGUUGAUUUGUAAGAGGAAAAAAAAAGAAUUGUAAGAAAAAGAAGGGAAAAAAGAAAAAAGUAUCAUCAUCGUCACCAGUGAAGGGUGAAAAGGGAAGAGGGUGGCUGUGAGUAAUGCGUCGAAGUGGACGCCAUAAUAUGUCAGGGUAACUUUAGGAUAACUUUAGUACUUUCGAGCUACUUCCAACGAAUGUGUCUCAUUCUGAGUGUAGAUAGUUUUUAACGUUCUCUUUUCUAAGUUUAUCGAAAAAAAAAAGAAAACGAAAAACACCAAAAAAAAAUAGUCAAAAAAUAGGUUGAUGUGCAACAAGGCAAUAUAUUGAACUUUUUUUAUUUUUUUAUUUUUUUGAAAUAAUUUUUUUAAAAAGUAGCCACGUUGAACGUCAUUAAAAAAAACAUAUCUUUGUAUAUCUCGGCUUAUAUUAUAGUAUUAUAUACGCGGUAUGUAAUAUUAUAGUAUAUACAUAGUAACUAUGAUUUCAACGACGACAGAUAUGUGACAGUAAGUAAAGUGUCUUUUUCGAUGCUUAUCUAUACAUCCAAAAAGAAAAAAAUCUUUCUUUCUUAUCGUCAUCGUCGUUGUCGUCGUCGUCAUCAUCAUCGUUGUCGUCGUUAUUGUUAAUGAACUAUGUUCGUUAAAUCAAAUGGAACUCUUGUCUGACGUAUAUGAAAAGUUCAUUAUAAUGAUCAACAUUACUCGUGUAAACCCCAAACUACAUAUAAUUACAAUUAAAUAUAGUUAUACGUAGAAUUUUUGUCGAUGUGCGAUUGUAAGGAUAAAAACAUAUUUUCAAUGAAUGCUUGUAACUCUUUAAGAGUAAACAAAAAAAGGCGUACACUUUAAUAUGUGUGUAUGUAUGUGUGUAUGUAUAUAUAUAUAUAUAUAUGUGUAUGUAUGUAUAUAUAUAUGAUUACCUAUAUAUACGAAAUAUCAAUCAAGGAUUAACUUGUUUCUUUUCAUUUCAGUUUAGAAAAAAUUAUUUCUUAUCGCGAAUCUCAUUAUGAGAAUCGAUCGAAUUAGAAACAUUUAUUAUGAGAAAAAACAAAAAAAGAAGAUAUCCCAUAACAGAAAUACAGGAGUGAGCCAAAAAUUUUUGGAUGGACCAAAAGUGAUUUUUAAUGUCAAUUACUCUUUUUCGAGACUUAAUAGGCUCCUUAUAAGGCUUGUAAUUUUACAAGCUAUAUUUGUAGUUUUACAAUCUAAAAAAAAAGAUAAUUAGCCUGAAAUGUUUCGAAAAAGAGUAAUUGACUUUUUUUAAAUCAUCUAGAAACUUUUGACUCAUCCUGUAUAAUUAGAUAAGUUAUCUCUCUCUCAAAAAAAAAAAGAAAAAAUGAAGGAAACUUUCUUCUAUAUGCUUUUAGUGCUUUUGCUUAUGUGAUCAAAGAAACGAGCGAAGAAAACGAGCAUCUCCCGGAAGUUUUCAUAUAUUAAAUUAAUAAGAAGAUACACACGAUACGCAUCGUCGUCAAAUAUUCAGUCUUAUGUAUACCUCGCAUAAUGUUCAUCUAAAAUGUCUGAAGAUCGACACAAUGCCUUAUGAUUUAUUAUGCAUAUAUAGCCUCUGUAAAUAUUAUACAUACAUAUACAUAUAAUUAUAUACAACUAUAUCAUGCAUCUCGUAAUAAUACAAAUUGUAUCGAUAUAUUAAUUUCAAAUCGUUUCAUUUUUAUAAAUUGAUGCGAUUUAUAAUUAAUUAAUUUUUUAUUUUAAUUUUAUUUUUUGUUUAAUUAUGAAGAAAUUAAUUCGCAUAUGUUUCAUCAGGCUGGAUCUCUCGCGACGUGUGGUUUUUAUAAACAAUAAAAAUAUGUAAUCCGAGGCUUCCUGCGAGUAUAUAGUAUUAAUUAUAGUCAACAUGUUGAUUUUUUAUAAUAGAUAUAAAAAUUGUUGAUAUAAAAGUGUUGGAAAGAAUUUGUGCUUCUUAAAAGAAAUAUCAUAUUAACUGGAUUUUAAGGAAAAAAAAGAGAAAAAUUAACUAGAAUGUUACUUUUUUUUUUUUUAUUAUUUCUUUUUUAUAUCGCCAAGAACAUACAAGAAAAAGAGAAACCAAAAUAUGCGAAAGAUUUUAGAGAAAUGUAAUUCGCUUUUAAUCAUGACUUAAUGUGUUAUAUAAAUCGUUAAAAAUUGCUCGAUUUUUAAUUAAAAAAAAAAAUUAAAAAAAAAGAAAACUAAAAUAUAUCUGACAUAUAUAUAUAUAUAUAUUACAAUACGUAUCUAUAUAUCUAUUAUACGUGUCAUUAUUAUACGAUGCUUUUUAUAUAUAUAUAUAUAUAUAUAUAUAUAUAUAUAUAAUAUAUAUAUAUGGUUUAUUUAUUUUGACUUGUUUAUUAUUUAUACUUACGCUGCGAGAUUUUGCAUAUAAUUUGAAAGAAGCGAUCAGCAACAACGCGUAGAACAUGUUUCGUUAUAUAUAUAUAUAUUUGAACAACGUUUGGAUAUAAACACUUUGACGUAUAGGAACGAUGAUAUAGUACUAACAAAAAAAAAGAAGAAAAAAAACAAAGAAGGUUGUUAUGCGUGAAAUAAUCUAAUUUUUGUAAAGGUAAAAAACUCUUUAGGUAUAAACUGUGCGGGCGCAGUGUUCGUGUUAGUUUAGCGACGGCCAUUAUGCGUUAUAUGCAAUAUUUGCAACAAACGAACGAGAACAAACAAACUGACAAACGAAAAAAAAGAAAAAGCAAACAAACAAACAAUUAUCGACACAUUACGAUGACUGUAUCACUGACAAUACGUGUUUAUCAUUCUAAGCGUCGCUUGUACCGUAGCAUCGUUAAAAGAGUGUGGCUAAGAGAGAAAUUCGAUUUCACCUUCGUUAUAAAUCAACGUAAUCCUUUCCUUGUAUUAAAAAAUAAAAAUUAAACAAAAAAAACAAUAUUAGCUAAAAUGCGUUAGAAUAAAAAAAGGAAGAAGGAGAGAGACGUAUAUAUAACUUAUAUAUACAUACAUAUAUAUAUAUAUAUAUAUGUAUGUAUAUAUAUAUAUAGAAGUUCAAUCAAUAUAGUCAAACAUUAGCCUUGUGUUAGUAAAAGCACAGAAAACUUAGAGUACUUUGAAAGCCAAUAAUUCCUAUGUGUCAUAUAACUUUCCUGAAACUGAUAAUCCGCUUACUUUAAUUUUAUACAUAAUCGCACGAUAUAAUAGAUCCAUUGUAUUUGAAAUCUCUUUUAAUAUAUGACCAAGUGGAAGUUUUAAAGAAAAAGUAAAAGAAAGAAAAAAAUAAGAGAAGACAAAAGUAUUUCUGCGAAAAGAUUUGUAGAAUGAGAUCCAACCAUCCAAAUGAUCCAAAUUCAUUUUCCCUAUGAUAAAGACAAUAAAACUAAAUUGAACUGUUA